GAAUGAUUUUUGCCCUGGAUUGAUUUGGGUAAUCUGGCUGAUUCAUUCUUGCCAUAAAAACAGGUCUGAGCACACUGUUUUGAAAGCCACUAAAACCGGGCAGAACUAGUCACGGAAACCCUGACUAUCAGCUGAUUGUUUAUACCACCAGCACUUUUCCGGACUAGGGCAAGUCGACAGGGCUGACCAAGACUCCAGAGCUGUUCAGCUGCAAUCGCAGCCAUCCUUCCCCAUGCUGGAGAGUGCGGAGCUGCACUUCAACAUCGACCAUGGCUACCUGGAGGGCCUGGUACGAGGGUUCAAGGCCAGCCUCCUGACCCAGCAGGACUACAUCAACCUGGUCCAGUGUGAGACCCUGGAAGAUCUGAAAAUUCAUCUCCAGACCACUGAUUAUGGCAACUUCUUGGCUAAUGAGACAAAUCCGCUUACUGUUUCCAAAAUUGACACAGAGAUGAGGAAGAAGCUAUGCAGAGAAUUUGACUAUUUCCGGAAUCAUUCCCUGGAGCCCCUCAGCACUUUCCUUACCUACAUGAUGUGCAGUUACAUGAUAGACAAUGUGAUUUUACUGAUGAAUGGUGCAUUACAAAAAAAAUCCGUGAAAGAAAUUCUGGUGAAGUGCCACCCACUGGGCAGUUUUACAGAAAUGGAAGCAGUCAACAUAGCAGAGACCAUUUCAGAUCUCUUCAAUGCGGUUCUGGUUGAAACCCCAUUAGCUCCAUUCUUUCAAGACUGUAUGUCUGAAAAUACUCUAGACGAACUGAAUGUUGAAUUACUGCGCAAUAAACUAUAUAAGUCUUACCUUGAGUCAUUCUACAAAUUCUGUAAGGAUCAUGGUGAUGUCACUGCAGAAGUUAUGUGCCCCAUUCUUGAGUUUGAGGCUGACCGACGAGCCUUCAUUAUCACCCUUAACUCCUUUGGGACAGAACUGAGCAAAGAAGACCGGGAGACGCUCUAUCCGACCUGUGGCAGGCUCUAUCCUGAGGGUUUGCGCUUGUUGACCCAAGCCGAAGACUUUGAUCAGAUGAAGAGAGUAGCGGAUCAUUAUGGAGUGUACAAGCCUAUAUUUGAGGCUGUAGGUGGCCAAGGAGGAAAGACACUGGAAGAUGUGUUUUACGAGCAUGAGGUACAAGUGAAUGUCCUGGCAUUCAACAGGCAAUUCCACUAUGGAGUGUUUUAUGCAUAUGUAAAGCUAAAGGAACAAGAAAUGAGAAAUGUUGUGUGGAUAGCAGAAUGCAUUUCCCAGAGACAUCGAACGAAAAUCAACAGCUACAUCCCGAUUUUGUAAGAUGAUGGGAAGGUCUCAAAUGCAGAAAAAUCAUAAAGGUUACAGGAAGCUACUAAGUAAAAUAAAAGAAAUUGUACUACAUUAGCUAGAUAACAUAAAAGUAAGCCAGGUUGGACCUUUGUGAAACCCCUAAAACUAACUCUGAAACUAACCUGAAAUGAAGCAUUUCUGUUUUUUUUCUCUUCAGCAGCCUUAACUCUUGCUUCCACAUUUAUGUCUCAUUACUCACCAGUCCCUACACAUUAAUUUUAAUUAACUAUGCAGUACUUUUCAUUUUCUCACUUGAUCAUGUUAAAAUCAGAUCUAAUAAAAGUGUUUUAUUCUUGCUUUUCUAGCUUCUCUACGGGCCCAGAUAUGAAGUGUCUGUUUUAAAUUUUAGCUGUCUGUUCUUACACUAGCUCCACAAAAAUCUAAAUAUGGACUUAGCCAACGGAACCAUAUUUGAUGGGAAGGGUUGCAUUUAUUUUUCCAAUAUGCUUUGAUCUGGUACCUAAAGAAUACUACACAGUUCCCUAGAUGCAACUAGUGCUACACUGAUAAUGAACUAGUUGCUCAUAACUUUCUUUAAAUUAAAAAAACAUUGUUUCUUUUGGUUCCUUAAAUUUUACCUUGGAAACAACCCAUAAGAUGGUUUUGUAUUCAGUCAGAGGCAAAAAUUAUAGGUGCAGUUUAUAGAGUAUGCAUUCUCUAUAAAACCUGAGUAGAACAAGUGCACAAAUCU